AUGGAAACUGUGAUUGACAUCAGUGGAUGUGCUAAGGAAGACAUCGUCAAGUUUGUAUCUAUGUCUUUCAAGGGCGACGCCCUAACAUGGUGGAAAGCCUUGGUGCAAUCCACUGGAAAGGUUACUCUGUAUAACCUUUCAUGGGAUAAAUUUGUUGAACUUGUGAAGGACACUUACUGUCCUCAACAUGAAGUUGAAAGAAUAGAGGCUGACUUCCUCAUGCUGGUGAUGAAGGAUUUGGAUUGCAGGUCUUAUGUGACCAGUUUUAACUCAAUGUCAAGACUUAUGCCGUAUUUGGUCACCCCAGAACCCAAACACAUUGCGCGUUUUAUCGGUGGUUUAACCCCAGAGGUUAAAGAAAAUGUCAAGGCUUCUAAGCCUGCUACUUAUAGAUCUGAUGUAGAUCUAUCUUUGUCACUUACUCUCGAUGUUGUAAGGAGUAGGGCAAAGAAAACCACCGAUGAAGGGAAAAGAAAGAGGGAGGAAGACCAAUCCCAUCAUUCGAACAAAAAGAAGAAAGGGAACUCUGGUUCCAAGAAAGGGCAGUCAUGUGACAAGCCCAGAUGUAAGACAUGUAACAAGAGGCACCUUGGAAAGUGCAACCAGGAUCCACAAGCUAAACCUUGUGGAAUCAGCAAGAAGAAAGGGCACAAGACUGUAGAGUGCCGAAACAUCAAGGAUGCGACCUCCUACGGUUGCAACGAAAACGGGCACAUCAAGACUAAUUGCCCUAAAAUCUCCAAAAAGCCUGAUGAGGCAAAGAAAACCAAUGCAAGGGUCUUUCAGAUGAACGCUAGGGAGGCGGUGAAUGACGAGAAUGUUAUAACAGGUAACGAUCAAGAAUCGUUAUCCAUUACACAGGAUUGA